AAACACCAGCGUCUCAAAUACUUGCUGGGGAGUAUCAAAGUAAAAGUAUUCUUCAUUUCAGCCAACAAUGAACAUCACCGGUUUCGUUUUUCUGGCAGUUGUGGCGGUGGCGGUUCACGCCUUUCCCGCGUGGUUUGAACCAGAGGAGCAAAUGCUUCCCAUGGACUAUGACCCUGCUACCUACUCAGACGAUUUUCUCUCCAAUGAUGAGUAUCUGCUCGAAAACACCGAGCCAUUCGUGCCAGUAAUGAAACGUUCGGAUGGCGGCCUCAUGUCCGUUUCAAAGAGGAUCCACACGUGCGCGUUUAUGCGGCGUCUCGGGUUACCCAUCGGUCUGUGUCUACGCGGCUCGCGUUCGCGCGUCUCCAGCGUUCCUCGCCAGGUUCCGGAGCCCGCGGCGCCACGGCGUAAGACAAACCCUUACGCGUACUUGAAGGGACAAUGGCCAAUGCAGCAUAUGCUAGGGGGAAGUGUCGGCAAGAGGAAGUGAUUAUGUUUGUGCCGCUUUCAUUUUUCGUCAUAAUCUGGUUAGAUAGUGUUCUAAAUGUAUUCUGGAAAAAAA